UGCCCAGGACCUGGCAUCCCUUUCUGCCAGGUCCCACCGGAAGUACAUAAACCAGCUCCCUCGCCACUUCCUGUACGGAUGCUGCAGUGAAGUUAGCCGCACAUGCGCACUCUCGGUCCUCUUUUUCUUGAAAGCGCCUAAGACCAAACCCACCAUGGCAGACCCCGAUCUUGACUUCACCACUGGAGAGUCCGGCGCCUCUGCCACUUACCCCAUGCAAUGCUCUGCUCUGCGCAAGAACGGCUUCGUGGUGCUCAAGGGACGUCCCUGCAAAAUCGUGGAGAUGUCUACCUCCAAGACCGGCAAGCACGGGCAUGCUAAGGUGAACUUGGUUGGUAUUGAUAUCUUCACCAACAAGAAGUAUGAAGAUAUGUGCCCCUCCACCCACAACAUGGACGUCCCAAACAUCAAGCGGAAUGACUACCAGGUUGUGAACAUCAACGAUGGCUACAUGUCCCUGAUGAAUGACAACGGUGACAUCAGAGAGGACCUGCGUGUCCCUGACAACGAGAUCGGAAAAGAAAUUGAGUCAAAGUUCGGCAACGGAGAGGAGUUCAUGGUCACUGUGAUCUGUGCCAUGGGGGAGGAGUGCGCUAUCGCCACAAAGGUGAUGGCGAGCGGCAAAUAAAGAGGUAGCUCGUACGAAGACAUGUUUCUGCUGCCGAGGCAACGAGCACCACCCACGACCAGUCUGCAUUCUCAUUGGUUCUGUCACCAAAGCGCCGGCCUUCAACGAACCUCAAAACGUUCUGUGGUUUAUCAAUUCAUCAAUGCUUUCUUUUUCUCCCUGUUUUCAUUUCGUUUCCACUGCAGCUUGCUGUGUAGUCCUCUGACCCAUCACAAUAAGGUUAUGUUGGUAACUUUAUAUAAAACGACUUCAAAAAAAAAAAUACCCAUUUCGCUCAUUCCUGCUUUGUUUUUUUGCUAUCUCAAGUGUCGCCAUUCACAUUCCUGAUUGUUAACCACCACCGGGAUUCAGCUUUUGUAUGAUUAUUUUUUAUAUUCUUUAGAUGAAUGACUAAAGCAGACUUUUAGAUUGGGGGAGGGGGAGGGAAUUUUGAGUUGUUUUAAAAGCUACAAAAAGGGAGAGUUAUUUCCCGGUAGGUAAAAUUAGCAGCCAUUUUUGCUUCCAGCUCAAAGGUGUAGAUUGCAGAUUGGCUUGGAGCACUUGAGGUCCCACCCCAGCAUGUUUAAAAAUAUAUCAAACUUAACCCUUAAAAUAUAGAACAAACUACUUUGGUGUUGCCGAUCUCUUGUCUGUACAACUGGGUUCAAAUCUCGGGAUUCCCUAAACAAAAAAAAUACAAAAUGGUUUAAUUUUUUUGUGUGAGUGAGGAUUGGCGUGGGCCUCCUGUAAUGUGGGAGGUGGUUUGCAGUGAGGUGUGUAAUGAAAAUUUUGCUUUUUAUGUUUUGAAGGGACUCAAUCGGGACGGGAGGGUGGUAGAGUUGCAAACUUUUUGUUCACUCGAGGCCUUUGUCACCUGACUGGAGAUGGCAAAAUAAAAUGUUAAACAAAUGGACAAAAACUGCAAAA